UUUGAAUUUUGUCAUAAAACUAACACAGUUCAAGGCCUAAAUAUUUUUUGACUGUUCUUUUGUCUUUUUGACGUAAUUCAGUUGUUAAUCGUUUUUAGCACAAAUAAGUGUAGAAAAAAAAUUUAAUUAAGAUUGUGGAUGAGUUUAUCCACAAUAGAAAAUGUUCAAUCCUGAAGAACAUGGAUUGGAAUCAGACUUCCAAUUAACCAAAUUUUCAACAUUGCGAGGAUGAGGAUGUAAAAUACCACAAGAUGUUUUAAUCAAAUAUCUUGCUGGUACCGAAAUAGUUUUAAGUAGUGAUAAGAAAUCCAAACAACAUGAAAAGAAAGAUAAUAAAGAAGACGACAUAUCGAUAGGAGCGGGAAUGGAUUCAGCAAUAAUACCUUUAGUUCGGCACAAAGAUUUAUUUCUUGUUCAAACAGUUGAUUUUUUUUAUCCUUUGGUAGAUGAUCCAAGAACUAUGGGAAAAAUUGCUGCGGCAAAUGUAUUAAGUGACGUUUAUUCGGUUGGCGUAACCAAAAUUGAUAAAUUAAGUUUGAUUCUUAGUUGUCCGACAGAAUUUUCAGAUCACCAAAGAGAUAUAAUUAUGCCAUUAAUAGUUGAAGGUUUUAAUAAUUUAGCCGAAGAAGCAAAUUGUAAGCCAAGCAUAAGAAAUAUUGCAACAAAUCCUUGGUGUAUUAUUGGAGGAAUCGCAUCAUCUGUUUGUUCAAGGAAUGAGAUAAUUGCACCAAUCAAUGCAAUUCCUGGGGAUGCAAUUAUAUUAACGAAGCCUAUCGGAACUCAGAUUUCAACGAAUUCAUAUAUUUGGAUGCAAGAGCAAAAUGAGAAAUAUGUAAAAAUCAAGGAAUUUUUCACGGAUGAAGAUAUUAAACAAACCUUUUCUAUUGCAACAACUUCAAUGUCAUAUUUAAAUAAAAUUGCAUCUGAAUUGAUGCAUAAAUACAAUGCGCACGCUGCCACGGAUGUAACGGGUUUCGGUCUUAUCGGACAUGCAGAAAAUUUAGCAGAAUUUCAAAAGGCUAAAGUAGACUUUUUAAUUACAAAAUUACCGAUAAUCAAAAAUGCUAAAAAAAUAGCCGAAAUAGUGGAACAAGCUAGAAAAUUAAUGAUAGGCAAAGCAGUCGAAACUUCAGGAGGUUUGUUAAUAUGUCUACCGAAAGAUAAUGCCGAAAAUUUUUGUAAAGAAUUUCAUAUUUUAACAAAUGCAAAACAAAAUGCUUGGGUGGUUGGAGAAGUCAUCGAAGGUAAUGGAAAAGCAAAAGUAAUUGAGAAUCCCGAAAUAAUCGAUGUUGACUUUCAAAAUUAAUAUGUAUGUACUUACGAGUAUGUACUUACAAACUUGUAAAAUAAUGUAAAAUUUUUUAAAAUUUGCUAUCAAAAUUUCCAAUACAUGAUAAAUAUUUCAUAAAGGUUUAAGGCUGGGAAAUAUUUUGAAAUUUAAUUUAUUUUUUGGAAUUCUGAUAGGAUUAUUUUUAUAAAUUUUUUAUAUUGAAAAAUAAAACAAAGUGCUUUAAAAAAUUGAUA